AUGGGGGAUCCAAGAAGUGGAUUUAGGGUUCUUGAUAGUGGGUGGUAUGGAUGGGGUGGAGAAAAAGGGGAAUGGAUGGAUGGAUGUGGCGAUAUUGAUGGUGAGGUGUAUUGUGUACGGGAUGUAGUUCUGAUGGUUCUAUUAGUGGUAGGAAUGAGAUGGGCUGUUGAGAUACGGCUAUAG